AUGCCCGGCAGGCUCAUGGACGAGGACGCAGCGCCGGGGUCGUUGGACCUGAAGAAAGAUCGGAGCCAAGCGCAAGGAGCUUCACACCAGCAAGCGCUGCCUGUGAAGUCACCUGCGGAUACACAGGUGAAUGGCACCACUCGCGACGGUCCAAAUGGCGUCCUCACGAAUGGAGCUUCGAGCGAGCAAACACAUACCACUGGGAACGGCGAACCUAGCAACAUGGCGGUAGCAACAUCGAGUGCGGAAGGUCCUCCACCGCUAGAUCAGUCAUGGCGAUCGCGCGAGCAGAACAAGUCGCUAGGUCUUCUGAUGAAUCGAGUAGCCCAGCAAUGCUAUUUCGACCUGAACAAGACGUUGGACGACAUGUCGGCGAUUCCAACUGCACCAUCACAACCGCAACUACCGAACGGCGUAGGGCCGCAUACCGGUCCCGACACGUCAGAACCCAGCGUCAAGAAAAAGCGGAUGAUUAUGGACUUCGCGAACGACCAGCGAGACCGAUUCAUCAAGACCCUGGUUCUAUCCGACUGGAGCCGCAACGAAGAGGAGAAAGCUCGUAUGAUCGAUGUCAAAGUGUGGCUCGACAAGCAAACGGCCUUGUACAGGCAAGCAGAAGAUGCGGUAGCGAGAGCGAAAAUGAACAUGCAGCAAGCCAAGGUUCCUAAUCCCAACAUCGAGGGCGCAAUGGAAGUUUUGGCGACAGGGAAGGCAUCGUGGGUCCCGGAUCUUGGGUACAUCCGGCCCAAGAAGCUCAGUGCGAAACAAUUGCUCAAGACGAUGAGAGACAUGAAUGUUAUCCUGGGCACGAGAUUGAGCCUGCACGAAGACCUCCCAUUCUACUUCCGCGACUAUUCCAUCGCGGAUGGUCGGGUAACUUUCAUGGUGAAGGACGAGUUCGAGGUCGACUUAUCGGUUGCGGAUGAAGACCCGGCCACGCAACUCUAUUUUAUCGAUAUCAGAUUAUCUUUCGAGCCCACCACACCAGUCUUGGACGAUCGGAUACGAGGGUUUCUGGAAGGCAAAAUCAACGUGCAACUAGCAUCGAAGGGUCUGCAAGGCUGCUACGACUUCCUUCACAACUUUGUGCUCACGCAUAAGCUCACCAUCCUCCAAGACCAGGCUACCGAGCUGACUCGAGGCAAAUGGUUCGACUGCAUCAAGAUCGAGAAGUUGCGUAGGAGCUUGGUCGUGCAGUACUGGGCUGGUCUGCCAGGACCGAAGAGUUGGAUCGAGAUUGGCAUCAGCAGUGGUAAGCAGACUACUACCAGCAUACGGCGACCUGCCACUCCUCACAUAUCGGUACGAUGGUUUCAAAGAAGUGUCGAGAUCAAAGGCGAGAAGCUGGAGUUCGACUGGCAGCAACUCGACGUUGAGAAGUGCUUGAUGCACGUCAUUGAACGGCAUACAGCGAGCAUACUGGAUGACCUACGAACUCGAAUUUGCGCGCUUGUACCCGCCGAUGCGCCUUUCAAAGCAAAGGUAUCCGAUGCGGGCGGAUGCCAGGUGCUAUCGCUCUCUUUGCCCUCGCUUAGGCAGCCGAUUGAAGUCCGGAUCGAGCCAGUGACAGGUCAAUACUCGAUCACACCGCCCUCGACAGCCUCCUUGAACAUUGAGCGCCGACUGAACAACCAUCCUACUGCGGACCCAGCUCGCUGGCUCGCUGGCCUUCCAUGUGCCGUGGUGCAAGACCAAGUCUUCAAGCAGGCGGACUUACUCCGGUGGUCUCCUGUAAAGCACCUUGUUCGGCAAGACAACCUCACGGCUGUCUUCGGCGAGAAGCUGCAGCACUUUAGCAUCUUCACACCCAGCCGCGCAUGGAGCGAUGACUGGGCUCUGGCGGUCACAUUCAGCCUUCAGGGCGAGAAGUGGUGGGCCGCAGAGCUCGAAGAGAGGCGGAGCGAGCUUCCCAACGGUACCGGGAGGAUCAUCAAGAAAGUGACCCCUGUGGAUCCUGCACCGGAUGGGCAAAGAAAAGACAUCAGCACCUCACGCGACACACUCAGCCAAGUUGCGCGACGCGCUGUUGGCGAUGUCGCGGUCAGCACACUGUCGGCUCAGCUCAAGGGCGAACACAUUCCGCACUCGAUGCAGAAGGUAUUCCCGCAAGGUGAUUGUGAAGGAGUCGAGAGGCAUGAUCGGAUAUUUCCUACUGCACUCUUCAUCAGUUUCUCAAAGCUAAGGAAGGGUAUGCAGAGAGGGAAGUGGAAGCCGUGGGCCCACGAGGCAGUGCGCUUGAGCCAUCAUGGUCUGGUUCAUGACGCCCGCGGCGAGGGUGUUGGCAGCAAGCAAGUGAGGCACGAUUUACGACUAUCGCUGGACCCCGGGAAGUUUAAGGAGCUUCACAAACACAUCCAAAACUCUGGCGAGCGUGAUCUGGCUCUCAAUCCUCAUGGUGGAGUGGCGCUGAAGUUCAUCACCCCAUUCGGUCAGCCAUUCAUUAAGAAGAUGCGGCAACGGCUGCAGACCGUCGAACAGCUCGAUCAAUGUGCCAACAUCCUUAAACAGCGACAUUUUGUUUGCGGCCAUCUCAGCUUGUCUCGGCUGCAGUUCACUUACCACACGACUCCUGAGCUGAGCGUGGAGAUGACGUUCCCUACUGAGGCCGAGGGCAUUACCACUCUGAAGUUUCAUCCUCACGACAACAACCCUCAUCGACGUGUUAAGGUGAUGAUGGAACAGGCCUUUAACGCGACGGACAGCAAAGCCUUCGACAUCUUCACCCACACCUUGUCAUUGACAUUGCCCGUCUUGCAGACUUUCAACCGCCUCGAAGCGAAGGACCCGGUCUGCCGAGUGAUAGCGAUCCACCCGCGAAACACGACUUGGUACAGCAUCGCCUACCACCCGCCCUUGCCACGAUGCACUUUCACUCUACGCACGAGGAUACGGCGUGAAGGCGAGGAUACGUCGGUGAAGUGGAUCAUUGAGGACUUCCACUCCUCGAUCAAAGGCCAAAACCUGCCCGAGGAGCUCAACACAGCCAUGCAAGAGCUCUACAAAGAGAGCGCAGAGCACUGGGAGGGUAUGGGAAGCGCGAUUGUUGCUGAUGCGCAGGGCGCCGCCGAGGCGCUGGAGAAGUUAGACGGGAUCGUUCGACGUUUCGAGUCCGUGCCGGGUCAGCCGCAGGCUGCUGAGAGCACACAACAGCAACAGCAGCCGACGGACUUGCCGAAGGGCACUUCGCAGAGCAAUGGGCAGGCGAGCGGGCAGGCGAACGGACAGGCGAGGCAAAACCCCAAGCAGUCGAAGCCGUCGACGUCUUCGAAGUCCUCAAAGCCAGUUAAGCAGGAGCCCGAUUUGAUUAUGUUAGAUUAG